UGCAGCGGCCGCCGGAGCCCGUCGCAGCCCCAGCCCAGCGAUGAGGGGCAUCCCGGGCUUCAAGCGGCUGCGGCUCAAAAUCUGGCGGCGAUGCGCCCUGCUGCUGCUCCUCCUCUGGGCUGCCUGCUGGGUGCUGGUGAGCGCUGCGCUGUUCCUCCUCCACAGGAGCGUCUUCUCCGAGAGCUGCACGGACGAGAAAAGCCACCGCAUCCUGGCCAGGCUGGGGUAUGGUUCUGCUAUGAAUAUUCUGCUCUUUCACUCCAGUGCCUCGACUACAGCAGUGGAGCCCUGACUGGGGACCUCUGUGAAGACCUGUGUGUGGCACAGAAGCUGGUGUACAAACACUGCCUCUACUAUGACAGAGGUAAGAAGGUCAUCCAGGCUGAUUGGAGAGGCCAGCCCAUCAUACUGAAAUCCAAAAAAGAAAGCUUUUCAAGCUACCAGCACCUCAGUAUGCUAGAGGAGGUGGAAACACAGGAUAUCCCCGAAACAGAGCUUCUGCUUAUGGUAGCUUUGGAGGUCAAAAAUGCCCUGGGGCUAGAACUGUCUAACAAUACCAUGGGGCCCCUGUGGACAAGGAAGAAGGGACCACGUUGGAAAGCACAGGUGGCCAGCAUGUGGUCCUUGCUCCAGCAGGAAGAAUAUAUCUACUUCAGUUUGCUGCAGGACUUCAGCAAACAUGUGCUACGAAUUAUUGGCUCUUGUGGACACUUUUAUGCUGUGGAGUAUCUCACAGCUGGGCAUGCCUGGCACAAAACUCUUUUUCCCUUGGAAAACGUGAUGGGCCCCUCCCUUAGUGGCCACAGGAGCAGGGUGAGAGCCAUCAUUGACAUUGCACUCAGCUUUCUGGACAUGGUGCAGCACUUUGAUAACGAUUUCUCUCACCGCCUUCACCUGUGCGACAUCAAACCAGAAAACUUCGCUAUCAGGCAUGACCUCACGGUGGUGGCCAUUGAUGUGGAUAUGGCCUUUUUUGAACCCAAAAUGAGAGACAUCCUGGAACAGAAGUGCACAGGAGACGAAGAUUGUAAUUUCUUUGAUUGCUUUUCAAAAUGCAAUAUGAAAAUCAGAAAAUGUGGAGCACAGAGAGCCAAUAACAACUUGCAAGUCAUUUGUGACAAGAUAUUCCGCCGCUGGUUUUCCCCCAGUCUCAGAGGAGCGCUGGUCUCCCUGCCCCUGCAGCUGCAGCUGCAGAAAGCCGUGCAGGAGUGUGCUCAGCCGGGGCUCACGGGUGCCACGGGGCACCAGGGGGCUCUGAAAUCCCUCUCGGAGCUCUACCACCUGCUGAGGGUCACCCAGCGGGAGCUGCAAGGGCCAGAGUAGGCACAAAGGGCAGCGCAUCCUGCACGGGCCACACCCCAUCUCUCUGCCACCCUCCUAACCCCGGAUUUUACAGCACAGAGAUUGCUUUUCUGCUAUGCAAAUGAAGUUCAUAGCUGCAGGUGCAGCACGUCAUGAUGAUACCCUCUAAAAUGUUAAAUUGCUUUACACGGAUUGUGUUCUUGCUUGUUCUCCUGAGGAAGCACUGCCCCUCUCCAUCAGCAUACAGCACAUCCUUCUGGGCUGCAGUCGCUGCUUAGAUAGCAUCUGUCUG